AUGAAGUUUUUGACCACGAAUUUUUUGAAGUGCUCUGUAGGUGCAUGUGACAACAGUAAUGACAACUUCCCUCUACGCUAUGAGGGUUCCAAGUGUCAGAUUGUGCAGGACGAGACCGUUGAGUUCAACCCACAAUUCCUACUAAAUAUCCUGGACAGAGUCGACUGGAAUGCCAUUGUCACGGUGGCCCGUGAACUGGGCAACCAAUCGUUGCCGGUAACAAAACCACAAUUUACCCAUCAGAACGGCGACGCCAAUACAGCUAGCAACUUAACCGAAGACGAACUAGCGGUCCUACAAGAUCUACAUGUCCUUCUAUUACAGACUUCAAUCGCAGAAGGUCAAAUGAGCUGUAGAAAUUGCAAUCAUAUAUAUCACAUCAAGAACGGUAUUCCAAACCUAUUGCUGCCACCACACCUGGCAUAG